CAGGUUGUAUGAGCCAUGGCUGUGACUAGUGUCAGAUUGCCUGCUGGUGUUUUAAGAAAGCCAGAUGCCUGGAUUGGACUCUGGGGAGCACUCCGGGGGACUCCUCCUUCAUACAAACUCUGUGCUUCCUGGAAUCGAUACUUAUAUUUUUCUAGUACCAAGUUAAACGCAUCAAAUUCUAAAACACUUUUCCAUAGUAUUUUCUCACUGAGGCUCCCAGGGCUUUUAAUAUCUCCAGAAUACGUUUUUCCAUUUUCCAUAAGACUCAAAAGUAAUAUAACUUCUAAAAAAUCCACUAAGAAGACUCUGCAAACAGUGGAAGAUGAAGAUGACUCUGAUGAAGAGCGAGGUUCUGGUGAGAUAAGUGAGCAGGAAGAGGAGCUCGAGGGGGACCCCAGUGUGGUCAAAGACUACAAAGACCUGGAAAAAGUAGUGCAGUCCUUGCGGUAUGAUGCUGUCCUGAAGACAGGUCUGGAUGUUGGAAGAAACAAAGUGGAAGAUGCAUUCUACAAAGGCGAGCUCAGGCUGAAUGGGGAAAAAUUAUGGAAGAAAAGCAGAACGGUGAAAGUGGGAGAUACAUUGGAUCUUGUCAUUAGAGAGGAUAAAGAAGCAGAAACAGACACAGUUAUGCGAAUUCUCCUGAAAAAAGUGUUUGAAGAGAAAACCGAAAGUGAAAAAUACAGAGUGGUUUUACGGCGGUGGAAAAAGCUAGCGUUGCCUAAGAAGAGUGUGCCUAAAUAAACGGAUUGCUUUCCAGAGACAGAGCUGCUUUCUAGUGGUGGGGAGAGGGCCCGUUUUAGGACAACACUUUGAUUAAAAUAAAGUUCUCUUACCAUUUGUGGAA